AUGGAUGCUUUGAACGACGACAACGAGAAAUUCCGACUUGUGAGCAGCAACACUCGCGAGGAAGCUCAACGUCCCAGGAGUGAGUCAGCCCUUUCCGACAGGACACUUCUCAACAUGUCGGAUUCAGAAACGGAGGAAAAGAGAAGGAGCGGUGAUCUAGAGAAGGAGGGCCUUGUCGAGCAAUUACCCAAAGUCGUCACAAAAGAACAUGCCACCAAAGAUCCAUAUGCAAGAGCCAAGAUAUUGAUGUGGAUGUUCGUCAAUACUCUGGCUACCGUAACAAUCGUCUUCUGCAAUAAAGCCAUUUUCAGCGACAAAUCCUUCUCACAAUGUCAAGCAGCCUUCGCAGCCUUCCACUUCUUCGUCACAGCAGCGACGCUCUACCUCCUCUCUCGCCCUGCAGUCGGCAUGUUCGAACCUCGAAAGAUUCCUAUUAUGAACAUGCUGCCUCUCGCUAUCGCAAUGGCUAUGAACAUCGUCGGCAUGAACGUCUCUCUUCAAGUCUCAACUAUUACCUUCUAUCAAAUCACUCGAGUCCUCCUGACCCCCAUUGUCGCAAUAAUCAACUUCUUCUUCUACAAGAAAACCAUCCCAAGGAUGGCAGUCUACGCUCUGAUCCCUAUGUGUUUCGGAGUUGGCUUGAUCUCUUACUACGACCAGAAGUCAGCUCCAGUUCCAGGUGCGCCAAUCAAGGCUGUGGGUGCUCUGAGUGUGCUUCUCGCUUUCGGAAGCGUCACUGUCAGUGGAAUCUACACAAUCUGGAUUGGCACCUAUCAAAGAAAAUACGAGGUGAACGGAUUCCAGCUCCUGUACAACCAAGCACCCCUAGGAGGUGUACUUCUACUAUAUGUCGUUCCAUGGUCGGACAAGUUUCCAGCGCUGGACCAGACACCUGCGGUUAUGUGGGGACUGAUACUCUUAAGUGGCUUCCUUGCCGCGUUAAUCAACCUGUCGCAAUUCUUCAUCAUUGGUGGCUCAGGACCUCUCGAGAGUACCGUUGUCGGACAUCUCAAGACUUGCCUUAUCGUGGUCAUUGGCGCUUUCUCGGGGGGGAAGGUCAUUACGGAUAAAGCUGCCUUUGGGAUCUUACUUGCGCUGAUCAGCAUUUUCUCAUACUCAGCAAUAAUGAUGCGGCAUACAAAUUUGGCCAGUACGGUCAAAAAAGCUUGA